GUCCCACCCUAUCCCAAAGUCGAGACUUUGUACGUUCAUCUUCUCCGAUCCAGCAGUCGGCCUGGGCGACGGCGUACCACUGGUAGAAAUCCAGGGGCAGUGGCUUGAAGUUGGUGGCUUGAAAUCCACCGUCGGGUCCUCUCACCCCUAUUCACAGAAUCUGCUGCGGCGGUAAGCAGCCAAGAGGAUGCCGGACGCCGGCCAGUGAUUUCCAGUCACUGCUCAUAUGUGAUAGGGAAGAGCAACUCUAGAAUUCAUACAAUCAUUUCCAAGCUUCAAGAUGUGGAAGACACAAAUUGCUUUACCGAGGAAGUUGUUUAUGUUACUUGAAGAUGUAGAUUGGAAUUCUAUAUUCGAUCACAAUGUCAAAGUCUAAAUACUUUGUGUUGAAGGGGAGAGCUUUUUUAUUGUGAACUGUUUGAACUUUGAAGUACUUUGAACUGUUUGAACAGAGUAAUAGACGCCAUUAGGAGGUAUAGGACUCCCACAGAGUAAUAAAACAGUCCAGCCGUCGGACAGCUGGACUGUUUUCAUCCUCGCCGCAUUGUUCUGUCUGGCGGAUGACAACGAGCUGCAGGUGGUUGCGGUACUAGCGUGGUCUUAUCAGCGCCAGGUAGUAAAUUGGCAGUUCCCAAAUUUCGAACGUCCAAGCAGCGGCCGAUGGCUCUGUCCCACAUCAAAGCCGCCGUGGCAGCCAAGCAAAUCCGCCACGCUCGCACGUUUGUGAACGCCAAGGUGAAGUGGGUCAGGGACCCUUACCUCGACACGGCAGUGGAGAAUGAGAAGAACCUCAAACCCUUACUCACUCUCAAAUCAUUGAUCCUCUCCCAACCCUCUAAAACCCUACCGCUCCGAACUAUCUCCCCGUUGAAGCCCCAGCUAAGGCUCCCAACCACCGCAUUGACAUUCAUCCAGAGGUACCCUUAUGUUUUCAAGAUUUUCCGGCCUCCAAACAGCCGGCUAUCUACUCCUCACGUGAAACUCACUCCAAAGGCUCUUUCCUUACACAACGAUGAAACACUGAUUACAGGCCUUUCAUUAUACCAGAAAGACGUUGCAGAACGGCUCACGAAGCUCUUGAUGCUAGCUAGAGCUAGGAGACUCCCUCUGGAUGUGAUUGACAAGUUUAGGUUUGAUUUGGGCCUGCCCUAUGAUUAUAUACUCAGUUUUCUACCUGAAUUUCCGGACUAUUUUCAGAUUUGUGACAUGGGAUUUAAGGAUCCAUCUUCAUCUGGUCCUCCAGUGUUCGGACUGGAAUUGGUUAAAUGGAGAGAUGAUUUAGCAGUUUCGGUCAUGGAAGAAAGAGUGAGGAGUGAGGUUUCUGAGAAUGGAAAGGGAGGGCACAUUAGGUUUUCAAUUAAUUUACCAGGAGGGUUUGAUUUGCAAAAGAGGGUGGCAAAUUGGGUUGAAGAGUGGCAAAACUUGCCUUACAUUUCUCCAUAUGAGGAUGCUUUUCAUUUGAAUCCGAGCAGCGAUCAGGCAGAGAAAUGGGCAGUUGCUGUGAUCCAUGAAAUGCUUAGUUUGCUAGUGUCAAAGAAGACAGAGAAGGAGAAUGUUUAUUCUCUUGGGGACUGUUUGGGGUUUGGGAUGAGAUUCAAAAAGGCUUUGGUGCAUCAUCCAGGGAUAUUUUACGUUUCUAAUAAAAUUAGUACACAGACUGUAGUUCUAAGGGAAGCUUUUAAGAAGAAUUUCUUAACAGAGAAGCAUCCAUUGAUAAGUAUGAGAUACAAAUGCAUAUAUCUAAUGAACUUAGUGUUAAGAAGAGGCAUUCCCAUACAUGCUGGAGCGUUACGGUAUAGGAAACGCUUGGCCUCUAUUAAAGGGCGGAACUUUGGGGCAAAGAAAAAGAUCCGAAAACUAGCAAAGACAGAUGGUGACUUUUACAGUAAUGAUGAUUAAAAUCGUACAACAGAGGAAGAAGUGGGUAAUAGAGGUAGUGGCUUGCCAAAAAGUUGGCUGGAUCUCUGAUUCUAAGACUGUAAGGAGGUUGCUGGUGAUAUGAUUCCAGAGGUUGUUAUUGAGCAAGUGUGUACUCAUCAUGCAAGUGUUUGGCGAAAAGGCAUUCAAGAAAUUCCGAAAGGGAUUCAUCUCAAUGCACUUCUCAGAUCAACACAUAGGCUCACACAAGAAGAUGUUGAUUUUCAAAUUUGCGCUCCCCAAUGCUAAUGACUGAUCAGACAUGACCCGCCUGAUCGCUCUUAUGCCUAAUUACAUUGACUUGAUGGGAAAAUACAAGUUCAGCUCACAUGCAAUGUAGGUUAUGUAGCAGUACUUGUUAUGUUGGAAAUGUAACAGUUCCUCUUCUCUGCAUUAAUGCGUUGGACGAUCCAGUUUGUACAACAGAGGCAGUUCCAUGGGAUGAGUGCCGGUAUUUACAUUAGUUCUUGUGUAAACAUUUUGUGAGAUCAUUAAUGCAAACCUAGAGAACUAUCUGCAUGGGAAAAUAUAUGGGAAAGGUAGAGGACUCAACAAACACAGCAGAAAUUUUAGGUAUAUUAAGUAGGAAUAUAGAGAAAUCUCAGAAGUUCCUUAGGCUAUUACAACGGCGUGAUAAGUAAAGUAACGUAAACAGAAAGAAGGAGACGAACAGAGACACUUCGAGAGGCCUCACUCUCCCAGCCCAAUUCUAACUGAAUUCCAGCCUACCCGUAUUGCGCAUUUCGUCCAGCCAGGAUCUCAUCUCCGCCGGCGAAUAUGCGAACGAUUGUUGACGUUGUUUGACCUUUUCCUUGCCCUUAUACAUCGGCGGCAGAAUUGACGUAGUUGACUCCGAAUCUUAACUAUUGAAAUUGUCAAAACCGAAAAGAAAUGCUUUUGUUUUCAUCUUCAUUCGACCUUUGUUUUCUAAGAACUCUAAAUUCUUGAAAGACUGUGUCUUAGGAAAUACCAUCAGGCCUUCAAUAGUGUUCCCUCCAACAACUUUCAUCUUACCAUCUGAGGUCCCAAUAGCUAAGAGCUGUGGAAUAGGGUAGAAAACCAGGAUAUAGGCAGUGGCUGGAAUCCCAUAGUGAAUAGCUACUCUUGCCGGUAGCUUAGGAGCUUCCUGCAACUCUGCUUUAAAGAGGCAAUCUCAGUACUUCCAACUGUCCAUAGUUAACUAGAAGAGAGCCCACAUCCUAUGAAAACCUAGGGAUCCAGAGUGGGAAUAGCAACUAUUGGUACCAUCAGACUUGUUCAGCCAUUCCUAGUGUUUGGUGAUGUAUUGUGUACACUAUUCAUACAAACAACCAAUCCUAAUUCAUGAAUUCUGUCAAUUAAAGAUUUAAAAUCUUCUGGGUUUCGGUCUUGGGCACUAGCAACCUUCCGAUCAGAAUAGGUAAGGAUAUGUUGGAGAGACCGGCCCUCUUCCUCAGCCCCUGUGACAUUAUUGAUCAGUUCUUAGGCAGCAUUUUUUCCUUCCCAAAGCAGGGACGUGUGCACUAACUCUGCCAGAUUCCCGGAAUGAAACAAUUUCAACUCAUCAAUAAAAUGCCUUUGAUGUUUGAACAUAUCGGAACCCUUGAGUCUCUUAGAAGCUACCACCCAUUGGUAUCGGUCAUCAUCUGAUGGCUUUCUGUCCAAGGACUUUUUAGAAUUUGGAAAUAGCAGGGACACAUUUUCAUUUCCAUGCUUGUCAAUAAUCAAGAUACCGGUAUUAAUAAAGUUCUCAGGCACCAGAUGAUACACACACUUUGAUAGAAUUGACAGCGGAUGAGGAAAUCUUCCUUCCUGGGCGGAUAUGGCUUCCUUUGAAGGACAUCUCCCGUUCAUUUGGUGUCGCCUGCAAACUGAUAAUUUCUCCCCUGCAUGUCGUCAUACUAGGGCUCGCACGCGGAUACAGCUGCCUAGGAUCUUCUUCUCCUCUUUAUCGUGUUGUGCUAUGGUUCCCAAAUGGAGAUCGUCGCAAACUGGAUUCCACUCCUGAUAGCAUCGCGCCUUGACACGAAUUGACAGCGGAUGAGGAAACCUGCAAACUGCAGGCUCACGCCGAUUCACCGAAGCCUGAGAACUGGAAAAAGUUGCUUGCGACUAAGAUGAAACCUGCGAACUCAGAGAAUCUGAUAGCAACAAAGCUGGCGACAGCAAACAAGGAGAAACAGCUAGGAGAAUCUUAAUUCUAUUUUAGAAUUUUUCCUUAUUUAACUCUUACUUUGAGCAAUGUCCUAUAAAUUUUUAGAUAUAUAUAGGAGUUUGGUUGUGGUUGAGGGGGCAGCUGCCCCACUGCCCCCAUAGUGGAUAUGCCCCCAUAGUUUAGUAUCCAUGUUACUGGCCCUCAAAUUUUAGACUGUCUUUCUUUGCCGUUAUCCAGCUCAUGAUCUUCUAUGUUUUAUGUUCUAACUUUUGAUCCAAAAUGAAAUACGUAGUAUAAUUUUCAUAAAAAACUAACUUUUGAUCACUCUUUAACUAUAUAAAAUUUUACAUAUAUGAUCUGUUAAACAGCUACAAACUGUUUUUCCCUCGAUAGUUGGCACAUUCUUGUACAACACCCUUAUUUUUUAAUAGGAGAAUAAGAGUACUCUUCCGCCAAAACAUUGUUGUUUCUAAAAUAUUGUUAUUAAUAUAUAAUAUUAAAAUCAGCUAGACUAGUUUCUGCGUUACUGUUUGUACAUAUGCACAUCCACUUUGGAGAGAGCAAAGUGGAGGGCGCACAUCCGUGUGGACGAUUGAUAUCUUCUCUAUCUUUCUUCUUUCUUCCCUUUUAUCGUUUAUCUUCUUUAUCCUUUUAUAUUCUAAUGUUAUUUUUAUUUUCUAGCUUUUUAUGCUUUUUUAUCUUUCUAUCGUUUAUCUUUCUUAUAAUCUUAUGUUAUUGUUAUCUUAUAUUUAUUUAUCUUUAUUUUAUCCGUUCUAUCUUACUUUUUUCUCCUUCUUGUCUGUCUUCUCUAUUUGGCAUCGAUAUCAUAGAUCGAUUCAUGUUAGUCGAUCCCGAAUUCUUUUGAGAUUAAGGCUUGGGUGUUGUUGUACACACAUUUAUGACACUAAUGCAAGUACUAUUAUAUACUCGUAUAAAAUGUGGAGUAAAAGGUGGGUCAGAUCAGGCAGAAAUUAGGAUGCAAUAUUAAAAUUCAUUUUGGACCUACUACAGGUCAAAAUUUUACGGUAGGCACUGAUACUCAAGCGUUGGAUUUGAAGUAUAAUCCCCAAUGGUAUAUGCAUAUGUAUUUUAGUGUUGUAUAUAUGAAAUAAUAAAUGCAUCAUAAGUUCAUAGUUAACUACCAAGUACCUUGUGGUUUGAUGACAUCACAGUUGAUCUCCCAAAAAGGAGCUCGCAGAUUUGAGUCUCAACCCAAUCAAGGAUGUUGACAUUAACAAGAGCCUAUACUAUAACAGGUUUAGAAGAAUAUUCCAAAAAAAACUGAUGAAGCAUCUGCUGCUAUUCAAAAAUAACAUAAUAAUAAAUGCUAAUCGCAUAAUGUCUUUGUUUCUUUCCUUCAUAAGUGGACUAGCCAUUCUUCUUAUUUUCGUGUAGCAUUGAAACUAAUUGACAGGUGGGUAAGGGCAGUUGAUGAAUACUUUGGAGCUUUGUACUCUAGUCCUUUUAUCAAAGAAAGAGGCACACAAGAUGCCACCACAUCGACUAGCCUCAUUGAAUCUUCAAUUGAUCAAGCUCCUUAUGUGAGAUUGAUAGAUGAUGGAAUGGUGACUGCAGUUGCUGAUGAGCCACCACCAAGAAAUGAUGUAGGAGGACAGCCGACUGAACACUUAAUCAAAGAACAUGACACACAUGGUGAACCAUCUUUACAGUGUGAUGACAAAAUGAUGCCACCGGAAGAAGCAAAUGUGAGUAUCACUGCCGAGUUUGCUGAACCCAAUGAGAACGACACUGUAAAGUUGUUUCUGGUUUGGAAAUGCUUAAAUCAGAUGUCAAGGCGGAGCAGGGCUUUGAUUUGGCUUCUUGCCUAUGUUGCAAUGGUCACAACUCUUCCCGUUCUGGCUCCUCCAUUCCGGCUGCUGCUUGGUAAAAGGUUAAGACGCCUCCUUUCGCUCAGACAAUAACAUGGUUGAAUAUCUCCCUAAGAGGGUGGUUAUUGCAGCUUUGAAGGAGAGCUAAAACCAUAUCCAAUAAAACCGACCUUUUCAUCACCAUAUGUUUUGAACUGUUCUCCUUGGCGCACAUAAAUACCAGACGCCUUUAUAAAGUCAUGAAUAUAAUAUAAUAACAAGUUAUUAUCCAGCGUGGUAUUGUAAGAAAGUGGUGUUAAAAAUCUGAGGGUGCGGACUUUGUAAGAAAGUGGUGUAAAAAAUUCAAGAACUUAGUUAUUAUCCCAUGUUCCAAAAUUAAAAUUAAAGAAGUUAU